AUGGAGCUGUCCUAGCGUUGCAGGAGCUCAGGUGGUUCAUUUUACUCAUCCUCAGUCUGGGGGAUAAUCUCCCCAGAGGUCAUUGUUAUAGAAUAUCACAAGUUGGAAGGGAUCCACAAGAAUCAUUGAAGUCCUGCUCAUGACCCUGCACAGGACACCCCAAGAGUCUCCCCAUGAUUGUGACAAAAAUUUGGAAACGACUGGCAAAGGGAUUGGGCAGUGGGAGGCUUUGAGGUUCAGCUUCUACAGUGCUGGGGAUCUCCAUGUUCCAUCCUUAACUCCUCGGGCCCAGGUGCCCUUUGCUCGCUACCUGGCCAUGAACAAGAUCACCAGCAUGAAGCGCUACCACGUCGCCAAGGUGUAUAGGAGGGACAACCCUGCCACAACUCGGGGCCGUUACCGCGAGUUCUACCAGUGUGACUUCGACAUUGCUGGGCAGUUUGACCCGAUGAUUCCUGAUGCUGAGUGCCUGAAGAUCGUUCACGAGAUCCUGAGUGACCUGCAACUCGGGGACUUUGUCAUCAAGGUCAACGACCGUCGUAUUUUGAAUGGUGUGUUUGCUGUCUGUGGUGUUCCAGAGAGCAAGUUCAUACCUGCCUGCUCCAUCGUGGACAAGCUGGACAAGAUGCCAUGGGAAGAAGUGAGGAGUGAGAUGGUGGGAGAGAGGGGGGUGUCUCCUGAGGCUGCAGAUCGCAUCGGGGAGUAUGUCCAGCUCCAUGGUGGGCUGGACCUGAUUGAGCGGCUUCUCCAGGACCCAAAGCUAUCCCAGAACAAGCUGGCCAAGGAAGGGCUGGGGGACAUGAAGCUGCUGUUUGAGUACCUGACCCUGUUUGGCAUCACAGGCAAGAUCUCCUUCGACCUGAGCCUGGCGCGGGGCCUGGACUAUUACACAGGGGUGAUCUUUGAGGCUGUGCUGCUGCAGCAGGACAACGAGCACAGGGAGGAGCCGGUCGGUGUUGGGAGCGUGGCUGGAGGCGGCCGCUACGACGGGCUGGUGGGGAUGUUUGAUCCCAAGGGCAGGAAGGUGCCCUGUGUGGGGGUCAGCAUUGGCAUUGAGCGGAUCUUCUCCAUCCUGGAACAGAGACUGGAGGCUUCUGGGGAGAAACUUCGAACAACUGAGACCCAAGUGCUGGUGGCUACACCGCAGAAACACCUGCUUGCUGCCAGACUGAAGCUCAUCACUGAGCUAUGGGAUGCAGGGAUCAAGGCAGAGAUGCUGUACAAGAAGGAUCCUAAAUUGCUGAAGCAACUGCAGUACUGUGAGGACACAGGGAUCCCCCUUGCUGCCAUUGUGGGAGAGCAGGAGCUGGCAGACGGAGUCGUCAAGCUGCGAGAUGUUGCAACAAGACAGGAGGUUGAUAUCCCCAGAGAAAAGCUUAUUGAUGAGAUCAGGAGAAGGCUGGAGCCCUGAGGACUUCUCUGGCUGGAGCUGCUUGGCUGAACUGCUGCACAACUGGAACCCUCUUCCAGCACCUCAGCCAUUCACUGCCUGCAGCUGGGUAACAUCCACCAGCCUAGGGCUCAUUGCCUCCGCUAAGGCAGUGAGAACAGAGGAGUAAGAGGGAUUUAAAAGCUAUGGAGGGUGCAGUCACCAGGUUAACCUUGUGGUUGGCUUGUCUGAAGGUCGAGUUUGCGAGUUCCUGCAGUUCCUGUACCUGUACAGCCAUUUCCAUCACUGUAGCUGGUGGUGGCACAGAUGGAUGUGGUGCGGCUCAACAGGAUCAGGCAGAACUCCAGAUUUGGGAGGGGGAAUCCGUGGUGUGUGGGGCAUCUGCCAGCUGAGGACGUGGGGCGAGGGGGGCGGUGUAAGGGCACCCCCGCCCUGUUUGGGCUGCGGGGCCGCUCCCAACCCGCAGGCGGGCGGAGCUGCGGGCCGCCCUGGAGGAAGCACGUGUCCCAUCACCGAGGGACACAACGAGCGGCUGGAGCAGCUGCGCAGACUGGGACACGCGUGGAGAAGCUGUAUUUUUAUAUAUUAAACAAAACCCCCA